UUCAUCACCAACUUAAAUCAAACCUUCACCGGUUGUGUGCAAUUUAGUGUGAUUUCUACGCUGCGAGGUCCCAAACGAAUCGACUUUCGGUAUGUGGUUACUUUCGUUUCUGACGUGAAUGAAACGGUUAUCACAUGUGAAAAAUAGAGCAUAUUACUCAACUACAAAGAGUGGUUAAAAUGGUUAUAUUUACAAAAUUGCUGCCAGUGGCUGGCACUGUGACGCUACUUGUGCUUUUGUUUGCAUCGAACAUUCUCGUCUCUGCACAACAACAAGAUCCGGCGAAUGAGUUUACCGAUGUACAACAGCCAGUUCCGGAAAAUAAGACGCUCGAUAGCACCCUAACGGAUGACUACGUAAACUGUCCUCCAGAAGAUCCGGUUGCAGAAGAGCAGCUGGAAGUGUCUUCAACAGCAUCGCCAGAACUAGAGAAACCCACGCCAGUUGACCAAGGAAAGUUUCACGAUUACGCUCCACCAGUGAAGGAUGGGAAUGAUCGAAUUAUUCGACCGCCUGGAAUGCGUCCACGGGGACCUGGAAUGCGUCCAUUUGAUGAGGUGAAGAUCAUUGACGAUCAGGAAGAUGUUGAGCUGCUUGAUAUGGCGGAAACCCUAUCCGUCGAUAAUGUUGGACGAGUUUUCGAAGCUGCCGCCGAAUUGCCUGAGGGUUCUGGAGAUGAUCCGGAAAUUCCACCCGAACAAGCACCAGCAGAACGUAUUCAUGUUCCAAUACGGUUACCUACCACUCCAAAUGGUGAUGACAACACCACAGAAGCGGAAGGACUUCUUAAGCAUCUCAAAGCAGAAGUCCUGUACGAUCUGGUAGAAGGUGAAACAAAAGCGCAAGGCGUGAAAAAGUUUUUAGAACAACAUCCAGAGGAAAUCAUUCUGGAAUCGCCCAACUAUCCCGCUCCGUAUCCUAACGUGGUUAAUGAUAUGCGAAAUUUCUCCGUCGAUGGUGGACGUGGUGUUCAGAUCACGAUUCACGAUCUAGAUCUCAAUCCAACCACCGACUUCCUGUACAUUCGGGCCGGAGAUUUGGAAGAUAAAAACGAGAAAGGCCCAGUACUGACGGGCACGUAUCAGGAACCGCUUCGAUUUCUGAUCCCACAGACGACCGUGUUCACCAUCCAUUUCGUCGCACAGCAGGACGCUGAGACGGAACAGAAGCAUCGAGGCUUUCAGCUGACGUACGCUUCGUUCGGAAAUCGAAACUCUCCAACGACACCGACCACGACAGAGGUGAUCGUACCGCAGGAGGAACUGCAGUGGACGACAAAGGAGAUUGUCAUGACGCCGGAAAUGAUGAACCUGCCGAGUACCUGGGCGGAGAUAAAGGAAGGGCUGUCCAACGCAAGCAACAUGUACAUCGAAAAACACAACCUAACGUACAUGCCCAGUCGACCGUUCGAUGUGAAGCUGCUUGCACGCAAGUGUCCCGACACGUGGAGAAACCAUCAGAACUGUGUCAGUCUGGAGUAUGCCGUACCGUUGCGUCCCAUCUUCUACGAACCGACGGAUGAUGACGAUGGGCUUGACUUUGGUUUUGGUAACAAGUUUCUGCAGAAGGGUUUCAUCUCGAUCUCCACACCCGAAGCUAACGAACCGCAGUAUGAGCUGGAUGUGCAGAAGCUGAACGAGAUGUGGGACGAGUUUGGCCAGAUGGAGCUGCAGCGUGCUGGGUACGAGAUGUACAUUAUGCCCGAGAAUAGUCGCAUACUGCUCACGUGGAUAGGGAUCAGCCUGGCGAUUGUGUGCACAUUCCUGUUCGUACUGUACAUGAUAUGGAAGAUUGACAUCUUCAAGGACUAUCGCAGAAUUUCUCGCUCCAGUCACCUUACCUCGGUGGAUGAUGAUAAAAAUGAGCUGAAGAAGAAGGAGUUUGAUAUUUCCAUGUUUCCGUCACCGCAUCAGGUCGUACCCACAUUCUUCCCCACCGGUGAUCCUUACGGUGCGCCCGAAUCGGAUGCACAGUACGCGUACGAUAAUGCGACGAUGAACCAGUGGCCGGAAGACUUCAACGAUCCGCGGUAUCCCGAAACAUCGUUCAGUACCGGCCAUCAGCAGCAACAGCAGCAGCACCAGCACGGUAAUCAUCGAACCGGUCCAACGCGUCCGUACGAACCCGUCUCACCGAUGGACUUAUCACCCGCACCGGUCGAUUUUAAUGUAUCGCCGCGUUCCGCACGUCCUUCGGCAGGGAGCAGAAAUAAUCCAUUUUUAUCACCCCGAGGAGGACCACGCACGUCCGUCGGUAAGGCACCACCACCACCACCGCCACCGCCCGGUUUGAGAUAAUAAACCGUGGAACGCGGUUAAUUAAAAAUACGUGAAUUAACCCAAACCCCGGGCUGCUUGGACGUGUGACGCAGAACCUCGGGAAGCAACCGGGUGGAAAUUAGAGCACAAAAGAGGGGUGGAAUAAAAGCUCUAUAAAAUAAAAUAACAACCCAGAAGGACUCAAAA